CACAUGCCGCCUGGAUUCCGCGAGGGCCUCACCGGCUGAGGAUUUGUUCUUGCUUCAAGAACUCCACCGCGGGAUGGGCGUCUUUCAGUUGGGCUCAAGAACUCAACCCGAACGGACGCGAUCGCUUGGAUGAGAAAGAAGUUUUGAUUUUUCGUCCUGAUUUGAGAAGAUUAGUUUUUGUGCGAAGCCAGUGAAAAUGGGUGAUUUGAUAGUGGGCAGCUCGAAGAACGAUUUGGGUGCGAUGGAUUUCUACAAGGAUUCGGUCGUUCUGAUCACGGGAGGGACAGGGUUCAUUGGAAAAGUGUUGAUUGAGAAGUUACUGCGGUGUUUUGCGGUGAAGAAAAUCUAUCUGCUGCUUCGUGAAAAGCGAAACGUGAAAGCGAAAGAUCGUGUGAAGGAAAUUUUCCAGGAACCAAUUUUCAACGUGAUCAGAAAUGGCCAUUCGAAUCCGGCGAGUGUGUUUUCCAAAGUGAUUGCUAUCGAUACGAAUUUCCAAAACGAGAAGAUCAUUAGUGCCCAAGAUAUGGAGUUGCUACUAUCGGAAGUCACUGUCGUUUUCAAUGUGAUGGCUUCGGUAAAGUUUAAUGAGAACAUCGAGUCCGCUCUGGAUACCAACGUAGUUUGUUCCCGGAAACUUUUCGAUAUUGUGGGUCAGAUGACACAGGUGCGAUCAGUCGUUCAUGUGUCCACAUUCUAUUCCAACUGUAAUCGAUCGCGGAUAGAAGAGCAAAUUUUCGAAGACAUACCUUUCGGUGGCUAUAGUAAUGUGUUAGAAAUUCUCAGCCACCUGAAAGACAGCGAAAAGCAGCAACUGACCCCAUCGAUUCUGGGAACGAUGCCCAACAGUUACACAUUCAGCAAGAAAUGUGCUGAAGCCAUGAUCCAGCAACAGUACGCCCACCUGCCUAUUUGCAUUUUCCGGCCUCCGGUGGUGACGUCGGCCUAUCAGGAACCGAUUCCUGGUUGGGUGGACAAUUUCAACGGAAUCUCCGGAAUGUGCGUUCCGAUGAUUCAGGGAAAGUUCUACUGCUGCAUGGCAGAGCGUGAAAUUCCAAGCCAUACGGUACCGGUGGAUUACUGUGUUGCGGCAAUGUUAGCCGUGGGAGCCGAAACAGCUAGCAGUAAAGGCGCUGCUGAACGAAAAGCAGUUCCUGUAUACAACUAUGCAACCGAUGCGAAUAAUAUACGAUGGGGCGACUUUGGAAAAUGGAUCUCAAAAGGAUGCGAAACACGGAUAGGACGAUUUUUAGGGCGGUAUGCCCUGGUUCUGACCAGCUCCCGGUUCCUUCGGCAGAUGUUCGUCUGGUGGUUCGUCCUGCAAGCCAUUGCCGCUGAUUUGCUGCUGGUGUUAGUGGGAAAGAAACGACAGCACCUACAAAUGUUAAACCGGGUAUUUGCCCUCGAGGACGCAGCUCGCUACUUUGCCAUGCACGGAUGGACCGUCCAGAAUGAUAACAUGCGUCGAGUAUUGAAUCGGUUAAGCGAUAAGGAACGAUCGUUAUUGAAGUUCGAUAUCGAUCGGUUGGAUUGGGGAGAUUACUUUAGGAAUUUUCUACCGGGUAUAAAAGCGGCUCUGGCUAGGAGUUAUCAGCGAAGACAGAGCAGAGGUGCGGCUUGAGAUGGUAUGGGGGCUACGUAAUGUGGACUUUUUUUUAUUUCGAAACAUGUUAAUGAUUAAUCAAUCUGUAAA